AUGGAAAUAGGAGGAUCUUCACAACCAAAAAAAGCAAAAGGUGGAUAUUUUAUGUGGACAUCCCAAGAAAGUCAAUUGUUGAAACGUUUACUGGUUGAUGGUAUCAAACAGGGAUGGCGUGACUCAAAUGGUUCUAUAAGCAAAUCAACAAUUGAGACGAGGAUACUGCCAGUUUUAAAUCAAAAACUCGGGUGCUGUAAGACUUACAAAAAUUAUGUGAAUCGAAUGAAAUCUUUGAAAAAAGAAUACCAAAGCUAUGCAGAACUUCUCCGAUGUAGCUCUGGUUUUGGAUGGGAUCCUAUCACAAAACAAUUCACAGCUUCAGAUGAGGUGUGGGAAGAAUAUUUUAAGGGACAUCCAAACCAUGAAUAUAUGCGGAAUAACACUUUCGAAGACUAUGAGGAUUUACAAAUCAUUUUUGAAAAUGUUAUUGCAAGAGGAAGCACCGUGUUUGGACUAGGUGGUAAUACAAAUGCUGCAACUUUUGAAGUUGAAAAUGAUGUUCAAGAAAGAGAAGAUGUGGAUCAUAUGGAGAAUGUCUGCGAAGUUAACAUACCAGCAUAUGAAACUUCGAAAGAAAAGCUACAUUCUAGGAAGAGAGCUAAACCCUCUGGUAAUGGAGAUCCGUCAAAGUCGACUAAUCUUGGCGAUCACUCUGAACAAGUACUAACUGAAAUGAUUGGAGUUAGUACUAAUCUCAUAAAUCUUAUUCAACAAAAAGAAGAAAGGUAUCAAAGAGAAGUUGAGUUACGAGAAACUGAAAAAAAAAAGAAUAAUGUUUGGGAUGCUAUUAAAGAGAUUCCUGGUUUGGAAGAGCAUAUUCGUUAUGAUGCAGUAACCAAGAUUCACACAUUGAAGAUGAAAGACGUGUUUGUUAGCAUGUCUGUUGAAGAAUGCUUGGGUUGGAUUCUCCGUAACAUCUAA